GAAAUUGAAGUAAUAGCAUUUCUAAGGUAUUUGAAAAUCGCGCCACGGGAUUACACUGGCUGUUGCGUAGGUGGGACGAUUUCGUCCCACCUAGCCCAGAGAGGUCUUUAUAUUGUCCACAUUGUAACAAAAUGUAUGGUUGCAUAACAGCACAUUGUGUAACAUUACCACGGUUUUAUAUUGAAGAAUUGGAGAGUCAAGGACAACAUUCCUCGCUAGCUGAAGGUCCGGCAAAAGAGAACAAUAAGGGGGUACGGAAAUACAGACAACCCGCGAUGGACCAAACCAAAAUAUACAAAACUUUUACAAUCACAUGUAUGUACAAUCACAUGUAUGUAUAAUCUAGAUAUGAAAACGUGUUUGCGCACCAAAAAAUAACAUUAGUUAUGCAGCUGUAAUAACAAAAAACACUGAAUUAUUAUUAUUAUUAUUAUUAACAUCCCCUCUUGACCUGGCCUAUUUGAACUGGUCCUUGUGUGCAACUUGGUGCAUAAUCUAGGGGAACAACAUCACACUACUACACAUCAAUGAGCUAGUUUAACUUUUUUUAUGACCAGCACUGUAGGUGUGCGAGACAACUUUACCAGCAUCAUAGCAUACGUAUUGAUGAAUCGUUGUGACAUGAAAUACGAGUGAUAGUGUAAUCAAUGUGAAUAACUACAUAAUUUGAGGCGUAUAUAUAUUUUUUUGAUGUGACGUGCAGUCAUAUUCAGGUCCUGAUUGGUCAACAAGAUUAUUUGACACACUAUUUGACAAUAGUAUACUUUUUGACACACAAAGACCCAAACGGCGUUCCAUAGAAAUCCUGGUUGAGAAUGAAAAUACUGAACAACGAAACAGCACAGCAAGUAAGUGAAGGAAAUAGGUUUUGAUUAUGUUUUACUGGUAUUCGAACCAGGGACUGUAGUGACGCCUCCUGCACUGAGAUGCAGUGCCUUAGACCGCUGCGUCCGUGUGUGUACUAACUAUUUAACUAUACUAGAAUGCUUUAAAGGCUGUCAGUUUUAACUAUCGGGUUUUUUGGCAAGGAAAAUAUCGGUAUCGGCCAAAAAUGUCAUAUCGGUGCAUCACUCAUUUUAUUUACAUAUAUUCACACUUCCCGGGAAGUCUGACAAUGGCGAAAGUGCAGGUCCUUCCUUGCUCGAAGGUGUGCUAACUGCAUCCUGUGUUGAAUGGCGACUUCUCCUCAAAGUUGUAGCAGCUCAGCCGAUGUUGGUGGUGGCUCUUCAGGGAGUCUUGGUUCAUCUGAUCUCAGGUCAUUCUCCUUGGAAGCCCCAAUUGAGAGCCCAUUCUUAACAUUCCUCUCUGAAGUUAUGGGAUAGUCCUUUCCGGUUUUCAAUGCGUAAACACAGUCUCCUGUAGAUGAAAGAGAAUAAUAUUUGGUGAGUAUUUUGUCCAUAGAAUUUCAUUACUAUCAGUAGCUAGGUUGUCAUCCAAUUUGCGACAUAUUUUCAUGUGAAUAUUCUAAACUCCGCAUGAAGAAAAUAUGUGCAUUAUCCCACCAGUGUUUCCACCAAACUGACUUGUUGCCAUAAAUCAGUGCAUGAUGACAUAGGGCACACAAAUUGCUUAAUUUGUCAUCUUCCUGAAUACAAAUCUAAAGUUCAAUGCGUUUCCAUUGCAUUUUCAACUCUACCGAUAGUUUUGCUAUAAAGACUGAUGGGUUAAAUAGCAAAUGUGCCUACUCUGGUCUUGGCAUGUGCGCUCUAGCCAACAGCUCGCAGAUACAAGUAAAGAUCAACAUGUCACCAAAAUAAGACCCUUAAUAUUUAUUGGAAAGGAGCAUCAAGCUCAUCACCAUGCACUUUCACCACCCUGUGAAGUUCAUCAUAAUUUAUAGGAUGUCCAAUGAAACACGCAUCUUUUGACCAAUGGGUAAAAUAUGUUAAUUGUGUAGAUAAUCCUCUAAGAAAGCCAAUGGUCCAAAACUCAUGUCUCUAUCAUAAUUAGUUCAAAAGUUAUUAUGCUGUUUACCAUUGUAGGAUGGCCAGAAUUAAGGUGACUAAAUCAAUGGAGGCCAGAGAAGGAAAGAAGGGGGGUGGGGAAAAAAAGAGUAAAACUUAAGAUUUUUUUUCUUCGAUGUCAGCCAAUCAGAUCAGCUCUGAAAAAGAGGGUCGCCUACUGGGAUCCGAUCCAUUGUCCUGGGUGGUGGUGGUCCAAACAGAGGAUCCGCUUCGGGAAAGUCGUAUUCCUCGUCGUAAUGUUGGGUUGAUGGAGCCAGACAUGGAUUAAACUAAGUACUGUGACACAACAUCUGUAAAGAAGAGAGGAGGAGAGAUGUCAAGAGCAGAAACAUCUGUAAAUCGCUCUAUGGUUCCCUAAUCUGCAUAUUCAUACCGCGGGAACCACAGACUGUUUGUGGUUUGACAUCUUGUGACUGUCAUUGACACAACAGACCAAACUCAUCAUAAUGGAAUCUCUCUCACAACAAGAAUCCAUUCUAGAUUGUCAGAUCUCACAACAAGACUCCAUGUUAGAAUGUCAGAUCUGUUUCAACUAUUACAGUUUGUGGCGUAGGCCCAAGCUCCUGGACUGCCAGCACACCUGCUGCUCAGUGUGCUUGACCCAGAUGAGGAUGAGCCAGAGUGAGCUGCGCUGCCCCUGGUGUCGCUCUGUCACCACUCUGCCCCCAGGGGUCUCUGUCUCCCAACUCCUAGAUGACCCGGACACUAUGGCCAUCAUCUCUGUCCCAUACACACCUGUCUUCAUACGGCUGCCAUGUAACGCCUACCUUCCAGUAGAACACCAUGAGAGGGCUACAGGGAUGGAGGAGGAACAUGGGAUGAGGGAAUGGGAGGAAGGUAGUUGUAAGAGCGCAUUUGGGACUAGGUUCUGCUUAGUGGUUGUUGUGGUAUUUGUCCUACUCUUACUCGUGUACAUUAUACUGCACAGCAUGACCUGCAACUCAGAACGGUUCACCAUGAUAUCCUGUGGCUGAAAGACUUGAUGAUGAUGAUGAUAAUAAUAAGGUAUUUGGGAUCUUUAUAUCUCACUCCCCAAAAUUACAGGACGUUGUCACAAUGCCAGCAUUCAGGCUUUUUCUUAACCAGGAAUAGUACUGCCAUACUGAGUAAGGAAAUGGUUGUUAUACUUUGUAUUUCGAAUGUGUUCAGAUAUAUUGAAGAAUUUGUUGGGUUUUUUUUUCAAAUGAUUUCUCUUUGUGCAAUAGACAGUUAAAAAAUUAAACCAAUCACCAUUAUGCUUCUCUGUUGUGAUUCACCCAGAAAAGCACAAAUCAAAUCAAAUGUUAUUGUCACAUACACAUUUAGCAGAUGUUAUUGCGGGUGUGGCGAAAGGCUUACUUGUGUUAAUUCAUAUGAAAAACAUAAAACGGACCCAUUUUUAGAGGUCUGUGAUUUGUA